CCUUUCCCUGUUUCUCUCUCUCUUUCUCCCUCCUAUGUUUCCAUCUGUCUCUCACACACACUAUCUUUCCUCUGUCACUCUCUGUAAGUCUCUCGAUCUUAAAUUCAGUCUCUGUCUCUGUCCCUCCCCGCCCCCACCUCCCCUCCAGGCAAAGGAGUGGGGACGGGGUGUGCGCAGUUCUGAGGGCGCUGUUGGGCCUUAAGGGGCUGAAGGAGAGCCCACCAUCCCCACUUCUCCUCGGCCCCUGCCCUAGCACCCUCUCGUGGACUACUGGCACAGGCUCUGGGACUUCAGGGUGCCAUCAAAAAAGUCUAGCCCCAAGUGGUGGUGGCAGGCCAGGUUGGAUUGAGCUGGGAAACAGUGCAGAGGGGAGACUGCUCCUGGGAGGGAGGGAGUAGGGAGACCAGGGCUCAAGUCCCACCUACCCAGGCCCCAACCGAGCCCCUGCCCAAAGCCCAACAAUGAUAGUGAGUCUCCAGCUUCUACUCCAGUUGCCCCACUGCCUUCCCUCUGGGACUUGCCCUGUUACCUUAUCACAUCCCCACACUCCUGAGCUCUCCUGUUCCCCCCACUAAGCUUUGCCGUGCUGCUUUCACAGCCAGAUGCACCCCUCAGGCCCCUCUUUCAGCAAAUCCUGCCUGGAUGUCUCCUAGGAACUCUCUCUGACCCCGCAGUCCAUUUUGUCCCUCAAUUAAUACAACAUAUGAUCACUGAGAGCUACAGUGCUCUUCUAGAGAAGCAUGAGUCUAUAAUCCCUGCCCCUGUGGAGCUUUUGUUCUAUUAGGAUGAGGCAGGCAAUAAACCAAAUUUUAAAAGUAAAUUAUAUUGUGCAUUAGAAAAGAGAAGGUCCAGGAAGAAAAAUAAAGAGGGAAAGGGGCAUAGGGUGCCAUUGCCUCUCAUCUGGAGGAGAGGAGCCUCCUGAGUAGUCGCACUACUUCUACCUGUGACCCACGUGAUCUGUUCUCUGCACAGCAGCAAGUGGAAUCCUGUUCAAUCCUAAAUAAUAUCACUUCUGGCCUCUGCUCAAAACCCUUCCAUGAUUCCCAUCUCAUUCCAAAGAAAAGUCCAAGUCCUCACCAUGGCCUCCAUGAUCUGGCCUCACCACCUUUCUGACCUCACUCCCAUCACUUUCCCCUUGCUUACUCUGUUCCACCCACCUUCCUUGCUCUUCCUCAAAUAUGCCAUGUGCAGCAGUCCCCAACCUUUUUGGCACUAGGGACUGGUUUCAUGGAAGAUAAUUUUUUCACUGACUGGGGGUGGUGGCUGGGCUUUCGUGGGGUGGGGCAUGGUGCAGAGCUUAGGUGGCUAUGGGUGGCCCCCUUCCUUAGAGGCCACAAACUGGUACCAGGCCGUGGCCCGGAGUUGGGGACCACGGUAUAUAGGUCCACCUCAGGGCCUUGGCUCUGUCUAUUUCCCUGCCUGGACUUCUCUUCCCCCAGAUAUCCACAUGACUCACUCUUUCACCUCCUUCAGGUCUUUGCUCAGAUGACACCUCCUCCAUGAAGCUUUCCAUGUCCACCUCAUCUAAAACUGCAACACCUUCCCCACCCCUAGUGCUUCCUAUCCCCUUCCCUCCUUGAUGUUUACUCUUGGGAACUUGUUUUCCUCUGAUGGACUAUACUUCCCCUGUGUCUCUUCUUUAUUAUCUAGAACAGGCGUGCUCAAACUAUGGCCGGCGGGCCACAUACAUGCUGCCUAGCACGUUUAUCCGGUCCUCCAAGUGUUUUUGCCGCGGCUGCCUGUCCUGCUUAACAGUCUACUCAUCGCGGGCCCACAGUGUGCACUCUCCAAUGGUCUGAGGGACAGUGUACUGGCCCCCUGUUUAAAAAGUUUGAGGACCCCUGAUCUAGAAUGUCAGCUCCACAAAGACCAGGAUCUUUAUCUGUCUGGUUCACAGCUGUAUCUCUAGUUCUAGAACAGUGCCUGGUGCACAGUAAAUGCUCAGUAAAUAUUAUUUCAGUGCAUGACUGAAUAUGCACAAGCAUACCUACAUCUUUAUAGUCAGACAUACUCCCCACCUCACCUAAAAUAAAAACCAAAAGCCUCAUGCUGGCCCACAGCCCCAGACACUUUUGCAACCUCUUCUCCUACCAGUGUCUCCCUCACUCACACAGUUCUGGCCACGCUGGUCUUCCCAGUGUUCUUUGAGCAUGCUAAGCAUACUCCUGAUCGUGAAUAAAUGAAUCUAUUUAAUGAGUGGCUACCACCAUUUUAGGAAAACACAAAGAAUAGAAAUGAAUGGGGCACAUUACACAUAGGAUCUACUGUUUUGCAAAACUUUCAGCUGAGCUGUGUGUGCAUGUGCGUGUAUGUGUACUGGGUUGGGAUGUAAAAUGUACUUUUUCCUAUGGUCAAAAAAGUCUGAAUACAACCUUAGGGCUUUGCAAAGGGGUAGAAGAGCUGCAGCAACAUCCCUGCCCCACAGACCCACCAAUGGAGGAAGCAAGUAACCAAGGACAUCCAGAGAGCAAGGUGCAGCAAAGCAGGACGACUGAUGGAGCCCUCCAGGGCCCAUCAAGUACCAGACUGGCUGGCCCCAUAGGGUGGCCAGUAGCCCCUGCCAACAGUAUCUCAGUAUGGCCAACACCACCGGAGAGCCCGAGGAGGUGAGCGGCACGCUGUCCCCACCGUCAGCAUCGGCUUAUGUGAAGCUGGUGCUGUUGGGACUGAUCAUGUGCGUGAGCCUGGCGGGCAAUGCCAUUUUGUCCCUGCUGGUGCUCAAGGAGCGUGCCCUGCACAAGGCUCCUUACUACUUUCUGCUGGACUUGUGCCUGGCCGACGGCAUACGCUCUGCCGUCUGCUUCCCUUUUGUGCUGGCUUCUGUGCGUCAUGGCUCCUCAUGGACCUUCAGUGCACUCAGCUGCAAGAUUGUGGCCUUCAUGGCUGUGCUCUUUUGCUUCCAUGCGGCCUUCAUGCUGUUCUGCAUCAGCGUCACCCGCUACAUGGCCAUCGCCCACCACCGCUUCUACGCCAAGCGCAUGACACUCUGGACAUGCGCAGCUGUCAUCUGCAUGGCCUGGACCUUGUCUGUGGCUAUGGCCUUCCCACCUGUCUUCGAUGUGGGUACCUACAAGUUUAUCCGGGAGGAGGACCAGUGCAUCUUCGAGCAUCGCUACUUCAAGGCCAAUGACACACUGGGCUUCAUGCUCAUGUUGGCUGUGCUCAUGGCAGCCACACAUGCUGUCUAUGGCAAGCUGCUCCUCUUUGAGUAUCGUCACCGCAAGAUGAAGCCAGUGCAGAUGGUACCAGCCAUUAGCCAAAACUGGACAUUCCAUGGCCCUGGGGCCACCGGCCAGGCUGCUGCCAACUGGAUCGCCGGCUUUGGCCGUGGGCCUAUGCCACCAACCCUGCUGGGUAUCCGGCAGAAUGGGCACGCGGCCAGCCGGCGGCUGCUGGGCAUGGACGAGGUCAAGGGUGAAAAGCAGCUGGGCCGCAUGUUCUACGCGAUCACACUGCUCUUCCUGCUCCUCUGGUCACCCUACAUUGUGGCCUGCUACUGGCGAGUAUUUGUGAAAGCCUGUGCCGUGCCCCACCGCUACUUGGCCACUGCUGUUUGGAUGAGCUUCGCCCAGGCUGCCGUCAACCCGAUUGUCUGCUUUCUGCUCAACAAGGACCUUAAGAAGUGCCUGAGGACUCAUGCCCCAUGCUGGGGCACAGGAGGUGCUCCAGCUCCCAGAGAACCCUACUGUGUCAUGUGAAACAGGCUGGUAGGCAGACAGGCAGGGAGAAGGUCAAGGCCACCAUGACAGGGCCAACAGCAAGGGAGAGGGGCCCAUAUAGGAGCCUUCCUUUCUAAGCUCCAGCCCCAGCCCUUGAACCACCUGUAAUCUAGGCACCUUGGCCAACACCUCCCCAGGGUGGGGGACUGUGCAGGGGAUUGGGAAAGAGGUGUUUUUAUUUUUGUGGGGCCUGUCUCUGCUGCCUCCUUCUCCACUUCUGCAAUCUCAUAUUCUCUCUCUCUCUCUUUCUCUCUCAGAAGUGACAAUUCAGAAAAAGAAAACAAAACUGGGAAUGCAGGUUUUUCUACUAACAGCUGAGGAGACAGGCUUUCUUGCUUUAAUGUCUCUCCUUCUGACAUUGUCCAGAAGGAGGAAAUUUGUCCUGUAAAAUAGACUUCCAAAGCUCUUAUUGCCCCAUCUGCUCCCAGGCACCCUCCUCUUCCAAGUCCUUUAGCAAGGCCUGGAUGUUUAGGGAGGUAUUGAUCCAAGGCUGCUGACAAGAGGGACCAAAGGGGGUGCUGGGUCCCCAGGAAGCAGGGAUGUUUACUUGCUAUGUUCAUGUGCAAUGUUGUUUUAUGGCCAAUUCUGGUCUCAAGCCCAGUCUCCUCUCCUUCCCUACCAUGUCGAGACCUCUCAAGUGGUUCUCGUGCAUCUGUUGGAGAAGCUGAGAGGGUAGGGAGAUGGGCCCCCAGGAUGGGCCCAGGCUAGGUGAAAAGCAGGAUGUGAGCUGAACUCCUCAAGCUAAAGAGACCUGAGCUUGGCCUCAUUCUUUCAUGCUGCCUUCUGGAUCCCUGGCCCCCAACUCUUCUUCCUGAGGAUGGAAAUUCAUUUUAGCCCCUCUAGGGCUAAUGUGGGUGUCAUACAGGCAGGAGCAGCCCCCCAAGGAAGUGUAGUGGGGUCACUAGAUUCCCCAGAGUAGCUGGACCUCGAGCCAAAGCCUCGAGUCAGAGCUGAAGUCAACCCAAAAUUUCCUCCUGGGUCCACAACACUACUCUUCAGAAGAUGAAAAUUCUUUUUCAGCCUUGGUAACUGAUAGUGGUACAAACUCCAAGGUACUGUGGUCUCUAGUCCAUUCCUAUCCAACCUCUUUUUGUCCCCCUCAAGCCUCAGGGGCCUCAAGCCCCUCCUUGGUAGCCCUCAGCCUUCUGGGCCCUCAGACCCAAACAUUCCUCCUCUCAUUCUCCCUCAGCCCCUCCCCCUUUCUCCCUCCAUCCUUACCUACACCCAAAGUGGAGCAGACUCCAGCCAGAUUCUCCAGGUGGGAGAUCCCAAGCUUCCCUCCCUGGGGCAGAGCCCACUCUGGGCAUACUUCAAGGCCAAGGCCAUUGGUGAGCCAAGCUGGUGCUCCUUUGCCUGGGCUUGACCAAGUUCUCUGCCCUCCUCUCAUUUCCUGCAAUGGGGGGGGGGUUCUGUAUUUAUCCACCCCCACUUUCCCUUAUCAAUAGAAGUCCUUGUCCCAAGCUCCCUCCCUACCCCAAGACAGCCCCAGCACUGGAGAAGCCUCACCCAAAAGGAAUGGGGAUGGCACUGGGCACUUAGCACUCGAGGCAGGAGAAACAGUAAUGAACCUGGCUGCAUAGUGGCCUUGGAAAGGCAGGCCAGAGUGGCUGAGAGGCCGGGAAUGGGGGGACCUGUUCUCUCAGUGAUGGUGAUGGGGGUGCCUUUCUGAGGGGGUGGGAUGGGAAGACCAAGGGGGUGGGGGUAAAUAGGGUACAUUCAGGAGGGUUUUCCUCCAUUUCUUUUUUCUAACUGCCUGGAUUCACCAUUGGAUUUUGUAAAUGGAAAAACUAAAAUGAACAAUGCUAUAUUGGAUGUUUUCUCUUUCUGACUUUGUGUGUGUCUGUGUCUGCAUGUCCUGUCUGUGUGACCACAUGGGGGGAGGUAUGAUUGAGUGUGACAGUGUGUGUCUGUGUAACUUUGUGUGGGGAGGCACCUCUGAGGAAAGCAUUCCUGGUGCAUACAUGUGAGCAAAUGCCUGUAUGUGGAAACAUAUACUGCAUACACAGACACACCUAGUUGAGAGAAGACAAACUAGAGUAUGUGCCUGCAGCAGGAAGAAGAGAUGAACUUGGAAACGGUAGGUAUGUAUGUAGCAAGAGGGUAGACUCCCAUCUCCUAAGAUCGCUGCCGUUGGCCUAGGCUCUAAGCACGGGAAGAGGGCAGGGAAGUUGAGAACCUCAUCUCCUCCCAAAGCUUGGAGCCCCAAGUACCACUCCUAACACUGUUCUCAGUCUCCUUCCCAAGUUCAAACAACAUGUUCCAGAAAUUGGACAUCAAAGGGGGAUUGGAGAUCAAAUGUGGGGUGAACUGAUGGGGUUCUGAAAUGCCUCUCACAAAGUAAUGGCUUCUGCAGGGACUGCUCAGCCUGGGAUGGGAGCCCUUCCUAAGGGUCCACUGUAUACAGCUGGGACUUUGGUCAGCUUUGACCAAAAUCAGAGGGAGAGGUGUCACAGGGGGGGAAAAAACACCCAAGUCUGGGAGUCUACCCAGCCAGCCUGCUCCCUGGGCACUCAAUUAAUUUAUUAUCUAUUUAUUUAUUCUCUCAGGUGCACAGAAUUGAGUUGACCAUACUCCUCAGUUCUCGGCACACUGUAUCAUCAUUGGUCCAUGCGAGGCUCUUUUAUUCUUUUUUUUGUUUUGUCCCCGUCAUCACCCAUCCCUGAUCCCAUUCCCUGCCACAUAGGCACCCACUCUCGUGUAUUUAACGUAUGUCCUUCCAAAUCACCAUUCAUGUGUUUAUUUACAUAUAUGUGUAUCUGUGAAAAAUAUAUGGUAUUGUGUUUUAAUUUACAUAAACAGUAUUGUACU